CACGUAGGUGAAUCGCUUUUGGGUACGUGAAUUGAUGACUUCCGACCUUCCACCGGCAUCAGCGGAUAGAGAGUGGAUGCCGGAGGGGAUACCGCGGAGUCGAGGUCGCCUACAUUAUGGCUGAGAUGGGAAGGUGACGAGGAGUAGAGGAACGACCGGCGGUGGAAAUGGCAGCCUGGACUCCUUAAUCUACUGCGCCUCCGACCACCACGCUUCGACCGGGACUGCGCCGUCGGAUCCGACCGCGACGACGGCAUCUCCGUCUUGGUUUCAUCCCUCUCUCUCUCUCUCUCUCUCUCGUCCCCCUCUGUUCAAAAUCGAGCCUUUUUCCCGAAUUCCUUGUUGUUUCGGACCAAGGACAUGUGGUGGUGUUAAUGUCUGAUCUCUGUCGGCUCCACGGAUUCGUUCCUUGAGACGGAAGAAAGGGUAGCUUUUGAGAAAGGAAGUCAACAUUUCUGACAGCUUUUUUAAAGAUCAGGUUUGAAUAAAAUAGUGCGCACUUGUUCGAGGGAUUUAUUGGGUCGUAAUUAAACGGAUCUGCCGUUUCUUUGGAUGGGAAAGAAGACAACGAUGGCGAUAUAGAAAACAAGCAAGAACAGUGAAGGAAGCGGAGGGCAAGAGACAAGUGGAAGAGGAAAAGAAAUAGAUGAAAGGGGGGAAUUUUGUUUGAAAAAUGACAACUUUUUUGGUUUCCCCAAUCCAUAUCGAGUUCUUUUCCUUCUGUGGCGCCUUGUAAGGUCCCGGUUGGCUUCCUCUGCCUUAACAGGGACGCUUCAAGCUUCCACGAUUGAUACGGCCCUUGGCCGGACGCGAGCGCGCCGGUAGUGGCCCUCCCACGGGCCCAGAAGCAGCGGGCAGGCCGUCCUCUCCUAGCCCGCUCCCUGAUAUCCUCACCCUCCCUCGGUGACACAGUCGUCCGCCACCUAAUCCCUCCAAAGGUUUGUACUGCUCCUCUUUCUGCUACUGUUACCGCCACUUCCCCUUUCAGAAGGGAAAGACACCCAUCUCGCAAGCCUUUUCAGUUCUCACGGAGAAGAAGCCUCGUAUCUGUGCUCACAUUGUAAAGCUGUGAACCAUAGUUCCUGUCCUUGUAGAACGCUACAGCUGGCAAUGCAGAUCUGAGGCUGCUUCUUUCCAUCGCUCGAUUCCGACGGCCGGAGCGCCUAUGCGUCUGUUCUGCCGCCGCGGCACUUCGCUGGUGGUGUAGCAGGGAUGAAGAAGAGCUCCGGCGCCUCCUGUCGUAGCAGAUCCGGGACGUUCCCAAGCCCCGGGACGCCUAUCUACCGGCACGGCGUCGGCUCGGUCGCGUACCAGAACGGAUGGAGCUCGGAACGAGUGCCGCUGCCAACGCACUGCAACCGGAGAUACGGGGGCAGCGGCGUGUUGCUGCCGUUCGCCAAUGGGAGGGCUUUGCCAUCGAAGUGGGAGGAUGCAGAGAGAUGGAUCUUCAGCCCGGUCUCAGGUGAUGGGGUCGGGAGCUCGUCGGUGCCCCCCUCGCAUCAUAGGCGGCCAAAGUCAAAGAGCGGCCCGCUCGGAGCUCCUGCUGGGAAAGCCGGGGCAUAUUCAUCGGCGUCACCGCUGGUUCCUUGCUUUGACAGUGGCAGGGUUCGGAAUUAUGCGGCGAACUCGCCUUUCUUGGCGGGAGUUCUAAUGCCGGAACGCAGCUUUUGUGGCAAUGGUGGUGGAGUAAGAGGAGGAGACGGUGGUAGCGGUGGAGGAGGAACAAAAGGAGUUGGUGGUACUGGUGGUGGCAGCAUGGGUGGGAAAUCUCAUGCUGGUAAUGGAGAGCCUUAUGUUGUUCGAUCUGCUAGUAUUCAUGGGUGGUCAGACACACUGAUCGAGUCUUCUUCAUCAGUGCCCAGCUCCCAGGAUGAGAAAUCUGAAGGUAACAGAGAAUCAGCUUCCACAGUCUCGGCCGCAGUUUUGAGAAAGGAUGUGGCAACACAAAUGAGUCCAGAUGGAAGUAUUCCAUCCUCUCCCAAAGGGAGGCCUUUUUCCCCUUCCCCAUCUUCAGUCCCUCCCCUUGAGGAGCUAGAGAAUCACUUCUCAAAGUCGGUGGUUAGGGAUGUUCAGGUAGAUGAUCAAGUUACGGUCACCAGAUGGUCCAAGAAACACACAGCACGAGGCUCUGAUAGGCGUUUAGCGAGCAUCCUAGAAUGGAAGAAAAAGAAGACUGAGGCAUCAAAUAGUUCUGGUUGGGAAGUUGAUGAAACAGCAAAAUCCACAUCAAAGUAUAAGAGAGAGGAAGCCAAGAUCACUGCAUGGGAGAAUUUGCAAAAGGCAAAAGCUGAGGCAGAAAUCAGGAAACUAGAGAUGAAAUUAGAAAAGAAAAGAUCUUCCUCGAUGGAAAAAAUUCUAAACAAACUUAGAUCAGCACAGAAGAAAGCACAGGAGAUGCGAAGUACUGUUACUACCAGCCAAGACAACCAGCUAGGAAAGACCACCAGAAAGGCUUCAUACUUCUGCAAGAGUGGUCAGAUCAGUUCUCUGAGUGGCUGCUUCACUUGUGCCUUCUAGUCUUCAUAUUUCAAGGUAAAUGAUUAUUUUAAAUAUUUCUUGAUGAUAUGCGAAGUGAGAUGGAGGUGUUUAAGUGGUGCAAUUUGUUCUGCUGGCUAGUUUCAGGUGCCUUUGGUUUAGGCUGCUCUGAAGCAACAUACAGUUAGGAGUAUAAAUAAGAAAUUACUAGUGUCAACUGCAAAUAAUGGUAUUCCAUCAGAACAAAGCUCGGGAAGGCGAAAUGAAAACAGCUUUCUUAAUGGACACACACUACAUGUUGAGACAAAUACUAUAUGUCUGUAAGCAUUUUUGUGAUUCCUCUGUUUUGUUUCAUGGAUAGGAUUUGCAUGAGGCCAUGGAAGGAAUUUGUUCUCCCUAGUUACGCUGGCAUGGAAUCAUUGCAGCUAAGAAUGAUGGUGCACCAGCAUUCGGUUUUGUGCAUGGUGGAAUAACAACUAUCAGAAUCAUUGGCACAUACUACAGAGGAGCCAUGAGCUUGUUGAAUUGCCAUUCAUGUGAUGAUUAACUUGGUCUGGUUUCUUCCUCAAAUGUUACUACAAGGAACAACUUGUCCUCGAAUGCUUUAUCCUGCUCUCCUUGUAGAAUGCAUACUAUUCGGGUAGCACAUUAUAAUCAAUUCUCUCUUCAUUAAAUUCAUCUGGAGGUGGACCUCAUGUACCUAUCCAAUGAGCUCUGUUUUUUGAGUAGCUAAGCUGUUUGUUUGCCUUUGAUGUAGCUUAGCUGCACUUAUAGAGCGUCUGUUGUUUUCUGGUAUCA